GUUUAUUGAGAGGUUUUGGGUUUAGGGUUUUAAAUCCCCUCUACUCUACUCUACUACGCACUCGCCUCUCACAGUUCACAGUUGUCUUCAACCUCUCUCUCUCUCUCUCUCUCUCUCUCUCACAGCCAAUCGCCGACUCGAAGCACAAUAGCAACUAUGAAAGAGGAGUUAAUGUCAGAGGGUGAAGAACAAGAACAGAGCAAUGGAGGAAUACUUGACUACAUAAUGAACUUGGAGAGCGUUCCACAGAAGCUACCUCCACACCUCGAGCUUCUCAGGACUCGCGUCCUUUGCAACGUCGAUGCUCCUCAGCAUACAGAUACCAUCCAGUAUUCUGGUGCUUAUGCAGCGCUAGGUGUUGACAAUAGUUUGCGGUUUGAUGAUUUCUGUAAGAACUUCAAGGUUGAGGUGAAACGGUUGACGGAUGAUGAAAUGGAGUUUGAUAUGAUUGGUAUUGAUCCAGCAAUUGCCAAUGCAUUUCGACGUAUCCUUAUAUCAGAGGUCCCAACAAUGGCUCUUGAAAGAGUUUAUAUUGCAAACAAUACAUCACUUGUACAAGAUGAAGUUCUUGCUCAUAGAUUGGGCCUCGUUCCAAUCAAUGCUGAUCCAAGGUUAUUUGAAUAUCCAGAUAAUGCGGGAGAGAAUAAUGAAAAGAAUAGCAUUGUCUUCAAACUACAUGUUCAUUGUAAAAAGGGUCAGCCUCGUAUUACUGUGUUAUCGGAUCAGCUGAAGUGGUUACCUAAUGGGAGUGAGCUUAUCGCUGAAGAUACCAAACCAAAUACAGAUUCAAAACCAAAAACAUUUACUUCUUUUACCUGCAGCCAAGACUCCCUUCCUGAAUUUUCCAGCAAUCCACCUGGUCCUAGAUAUUUGGAUAUUAUAAUAGAUAAACUUGGACCUGGUCAGGAAAUCGAACUUGAAGCUCAUGCAGUUAAAGGCAUCGGUAAGACACACGCAAAAUGGUCACCGGUUUCCACUGCUUGGUAUAGGAUGCUUCCAGAGGUUGUACUCUUGGAAGAUGUUCAGGAUGAGUUGGCUGAAGAACUAAAAAAUAAAUGUCCACUUAAAGUAUUUGAUAUUGAAGAUAUCGGAAAAGGUAAAAGAAGGGCAAAAGUAGCCAGACCACGGGACUGCACUUUGUGUAGGGAAUGCAUCAGAGGUGGUAAAGAAUGGGAAGAUCGUGUAUCAUUACGUCGUGUCAAAGAUCAUUUCAUUUUCACUGUUGAAUCAACUGGAGCUUUACCACCGGAGCUGCUAUUUACUGAAGCUGUGAAGAUUCUGGAAGAUAAGUGUGAACGCGUGAUUACUGAGCUGUCUUGAGUCUUCUUGUUGCCAUGUCUUAAAAUGAUGGAAAGAAAAAGUACAAGGACUGAAAUUUAUGUUAUGAUAUGAAAGCUCUUUUCUUACUCAGCUAAGCUGUGCAUGUCUGCAUGGACAUGAUCUGUGUUUUGCUUGUACUGUUCCAAAUCUAGUUGCUUAAUAUAAUUGAUUUUAUUUAA